AGAGUGGGAGGAGUGUAAACCGGGAGCAGUGAAAACUGGGAGUAGAGAGCACUUUCCCAGACACUGGAAAUCUGUGUGCGACUGACUGAGGAACGUACUUCAGCCUCCCAACUUUCGUGCAACUCAGCCCGCUGGCUGGAAACUCAGGAGGUGUGAGCCUGCAAGCUCCCAUCUCCAUCUCGGCUGCUGAGAGCAAAUGCUGAGGGCAGAGCCUGGGAGAGUUUAGACCAUGUCUCUCCGCUUGUCCUGCUGGCUGAUUGCAGCGUCUCUGCUCCUGAUCCACACACACAGCGUGGAGGCAGCGGCAUGCCAUGGUUGUACAUCAACUUCCAAAUGCGAUUGCAGUGGUGUGAAAGGAGAUAAGGGAGCAAUAGGUUUGCCUGGUUUUGCGGGGCCCAUAGGAAUGCCUGGAUUCCCGGGAGUUGAAGGUCCUGCUGGUCCUUUGGGGUCGAAGGGUGAUCUUGGAGAGCCGGGUCUAACAGGAAAGAAAGGGAUUCGGGGUCCAGCUGGUUCGCCAGGAUUCCCAGGAACUCCAGGACUGCCUGGUUUACCAGGACAGGAUGGACCACCAGGACCACCUGGAAUCCCAGGAUGUAAUGGCACAAAGGGUGACCUUGGACCAUUGGGACCCCCAGGAUUACCAGGUCUCCAAGGAUCUCCAGGUCGACCAGGCAUUCCGGGUACAAAGGGAGACCCAGGAGAGAUUUAUGGUAUUUCAGUUUCGAAGGGGGAGCCAGGGUUCCCCGGACCACCAGGAAAACAGGGUGAACCAGGCAUUCCUGGAUUGCAAGGACCAACUGGCCCACCAGGUUAUCCUGGACCUGUAGGUCCCCCAGGCAUCCCUGGCCCUCCAGGACCAAAGGGGAACAUGGGAGUACAGUUUUAUGGACCAAAGGGUCAGAAGGGUGAACAAGGAGUUCAAGGACCCCCAGGUCCACCUGGUAAUACGGGGUCCCAAACAGGAACAACAUCAAAAAUCAUCAUAGGAGAAAAGGGUCAGAAAGGUGAUCAAGGGUCACCAGGACCUAGGGGCUUCCGUGGCAGCCCUGGUCCUUCGAUUAUUGGAAUGAAGGGGAAUAAAGGAGAGUUGGGAGAACCAGGGAAACGUGGUAAACCUGGAAAAGACGGUGAACCGGGUCUCCCAGGACGUGAUGGCCAGCGAGGUGACCCAGGAUAUCCAGGUCUCCCAGGACGGGAUGGUCCCAAGGGAGAGAAAGGCAACCGUGGCAUUGAGGGUCCUCCAGGUGUUAUUGUAGAUGCAGCUGGAAACGUUAUUUAUGGGACCAGAGGAAAUCCUGGUGACCCGGGUCCACCUGGGAAACAAGGUGAACGAGGUCCUCCAGGCCCCCCGGGAUUUGCAGGAGAACCAGGCCCUCCAGGUCUCUCAUUGCAAGGUGAGAAAGGUCUCCCAGGGUUCACAGGUGAACGAGGUCAGAAAGGAGACAAGGGUGAUCCUGGAUUAUCGCUGUCAGGUUUACCAGGAAAGGAUGGUUUAAGGGGCCUCCCUGGGCCCCCCGGACCCCCAGGACCUGCAGUGUCUAUUGAGAAUUGUCGAAGUUUUCCAGGGCUACCUGGACCUGUCGGACCACCAGGUUUACCAGGAGAGGCUGGACUGAAAGGUGCCAAGGGUGAUACUUGUUUCCACUGUAACUUCACUGCUCUACCCGGACCACAGGGACACCCAGGACCUCCUGGAAGGACAGGUGAGCCCGGAAUUCCAGGGUCUAAGGGAGACCGUGGUCCGCCAGGAAGAGUGGGAUUCCCAGGUCAACCUGGAGCUAAUGGUGUCCCAGGGCCAAUUGGCAUUCCUGGUCCAAAAGGUGAUCCAGGUGAUAUCCAAACGUUGCCUGGAGUGAAAGGGGAUCGAGGUGAUCCUGGCUUUCCAGGGUCUCCAGGUGUGCCAGGUCUGGAUGGGUUACCUGGGAAAGAUGGAAUUCAAGGACUACCAGGUCCCAAAGGCGAACCAGGAAACAUCGGCUUCAAAGGAGAGAAGGGUUUGCCAGGACCCCCCGGUUUAACUGGAACACCAGGAGAUCAGGGCUCUCCUGGACUCCCAGGAGUUGGGCAGCCAGGCUUUCCAGGAGAAAAGGGUGAGCGUGGAUUUCCCGGACAGCCAGGAUUACCUGGUGCUUCAGGUCAGAAGGGUGAAUCAGGGAGUUCUUUCAGUAAACCAGGACCCCCGGGUCUCCCUGGGCCACAAGGAUUAAGAGGCGAGUCUGGGAGCAGAGGUGACCCUGGCCUUCCAGGGAGCCCGGGUUUACAAGGAGCUACAGGACCAAAAGGUGAUCCUGGUCUCCCUGGCAUUGGAUUCCCAGGCCCAACAGGUGCAAAAGGCACACCCGGAAUUCAAGGACAGCCAGGUCUUCCUGGAGCUCCAGGACAGCCAGGGAAUGAUGGCAUCCCAGGCCAAGCAGGACCCCCAGGACCAAAGGGACAACCAGGUGUGGGACUACCUGGCCCCCGGGGAUUUCCAGGUGUCCCAGGACUAGAUGGAGUUCAAGGAGACAAAGGUGAUCCAGGAAUCCCUGGAAUACCAGGACCACCAGGAAACCCCGGAUUACCUGGCUUCCCAGGUGAUGCAGGCAGAACAGGCCCAAUGGGACCGCAGGGCCCUUCUGGACCUCCUGGACCAGCAGGAGUUGGGCCUCCAGGUCAGCAAGGCAAACCAGGGCUACAGGGACCACCAGGCCUCCCAGGAUUCCAGGGCUUACCAGGCGUGAAGGGUGACCCUGGCUUUCCAGGUCUGGACAUCCCAGGGCCACAGGGGGAAAAGGGGAAUCAAGGAUCUAAAGGCUUUCCUGGACCACCAGGUCUUCCAGGGCAAAUUGGAUUCCCAGGAAAAGAUGGUCCUCCAGGACUUCAAGGUCCCAAAGGAGAAAUGGGGGUCAUGGGUACGCCUGGAAGCCAAGGUUUACCUGGAUCUCCAGGGAAUGUGGGAUUUCCUGGUCUGAAAGGUGACAAAGGUUUGCCUGGUUUUCCGGGUCCCCCUGGGAAAGCCGGUGAGAAGGGGACCAAAGGAGAAGUUGGUCUUGUGGGAAAGCCUGGAGUCAUAGACAUAAAUGAGAUGGAAAAAAUGAAAGGACAGAAAGGAGAUGUGGGAGAUCCAGGUAGGUCAGGCUUUCCAGGAGAAAAGGGCUAUCAAGGCAUCCCGGGUGACCCAGGGAUGCCAGGAAAAGAUGGACAGCCCGGUUUACCAGGACAGCCAGGGCCAGCGGGAGAUCCGGGAAGACCGGGAGAGCCAGGAAUCACGGGUGCUCAGGGACAGAAAGGAACAAUUGGGGAAAUGGGCCUGCCAGGUCCCGUUGGGCCCCCCGGUGCACAAGGUGAGCCAGGACAGACAGGGAUGCCUGGUUAUACAGGGCGGCCUGGUGACAAGGGCGAGAAGGGCAGCCCAGGAGUACCAGGAAUUGGAGUUCCAGGUGAUCCAGGACCAAAGGGAGAUCCUGGUCUGACGGGCUUCCCAGGUGACCUUGGCCUGAAGGGUGAGUCCGGUUUUCCGGGUUUGCCGGGAACACUAGGUCCGCCAGGACCGAAGGGAGAUUUAGGUUCUCCAGGAAUCCCAGGUAACCCAGGGCUCUCAGGAAGAAAAGGCAACAUUGGCCUCCCAGGUGAACCAGGUUUCUCAGGCAUUCCAGGACAGCCAGGUCCUCCUGGUCCUCCAGGAAUCCCAGGACUGCAAGGAGAGAAAGGCUCAAGAGGUCUUGAUGGAAUACCAGGAACAAUUGGUGAAAAAGGAAGUCAAGGUAUCCCAGGAAGAGAUAUGCCAGGGUCUCCGGGUCUACCAGGAUCUAAAGGUUUGAAGGGUGACUCUGGUUUACCAGGAUACCCGGGCUCACCUGGAGUCCCAGGUAUUAAAGGAGACCGAGGAUUUCCAGGCCCUAAAGGCCAUCAGGGCAUUCAAGGUCCACCAGGACCCCCGAACGUGGCUCUGGAGGGGCCAAAAGGUGAAAAAGGAAAUGUGGGUGAAGUUGGCCAUCCAGGGGCCCCGGGAAUUCCAGGAGGGCCUGGAGCUCCAGGAUUGGAUGGAGCCAAAGGUGACAAAGGAGAUAAAGGUAGCCCAGGACCCCAGGGCUUUCCAGGACCAAAGGGAGAGCAGGGAAUCCAGGGGUCUCCUGGUGUUGCUGGUUACCCAGGUGUUCCAGGACAGAAGGGUGAAUCAGGACCUCAUGGAGUUCCAGGAUUUGUCGGAAUCAAAGGUGUUCCAGGACCACCCGGAUAUCCAGGGCCACAGGGUGAUCGAGGACAACCUGGGCCACCAGGUCUACCCGGUCCUGUUGGUCCACAAGGCCCUCUGCAGGUCGUGAAGGGAGAUCCUGGAUUUCCUGGUCGCCCAGGAGAAGACGGACCAAAGGGAUACCCUGGGUUUCCAGGCAUUAAAGGAGACAAGGGUCCAGUAGGUCCAAUCGGUGCUGCUGGUGAACCAGGGUCUCCUGGAUUUGAGGGGAGGCCUGGACUGAAAGGAGAAAUUGGCCCAUCUGGUCCAGCAGGUCCAAGGGGUUAUCCAGGACCUGCAGGCCCAGAAGGAACUCCUGGUCCUCGGGGAUAUCCUGGCCCUCCUUCAAUAGCUCAUGGCUUCCUUGUGACCCGACACAGUCAAACAACAGAGGCUCCCAGUUGUCCUCAAGGGACGUCGAAAAUCUAUGAUGGCUUCUCGCUGCUUUAUGUCCAGGGCAAUGAAAGGGCUCACGGUCAAGACUUGGGCACAGCGGGCAGUUGCUUGCGUAGAUUCAGCACGAUGCCAUUCCUUUUCUGUAACAUCAACAAUGUCUGCAAUUUCGCGUCAAGAAAUGACUAUUCCUAUUGGCUGGCCACGCCAGAACCAAUGCCAAUGAGUAUGGCACCUGUGGUUGGUCAAUCCAUUGAGCCAUUUAUCAGCAGAUGCUCUGUUUGUGAAGCUCCAGCAAUGGUGAUUGCUGUCCACAGCCAAACAAUUCAAAUCCCACUCUGCCCCAAUGGUUGGACUUCCCUCUGGAUCGGUUACUCCUUCAUGAUGCACACCAGUUCCGGAGCUGAGGGGUCAGGACAGGCUUUAUCAUCACCUGGCUCAUGCCUGGAGUCAUUCCGUUCUGCUCCCUUCAUCGAGUGUCACGGGCGAGGGACCUGCAAUUAUUAUGCAAACUCUUACAGCUUCUGGCUCGCAACUGUUGAGAGCACCGAGAUGUUCAGCAAACCGGAAUCAGAGACGCUUAAGGCGGGAGAGCUGCGCACUCGCAUCAGUCGCUGCCAAGUCUGCAUGAAGAAGACGUAAUACAAUCUGAGACUGCCAAGUUGUUCAGCUGUCUCGCAAUCCUCUAAUGAACUAUGGUGCUAUUUCUAUAAUAAAGCAAUAUGACAAUA